AUGGCUUCCAGUUCAUCCAGCAACUUGAAUCUUCAUACACGUAAAGCAAAUAUUGGGAUUGAAAGGGUAGAGUCUACGGAGACUUGUGCACAUCCUAGUGUCGAAAGAGGAGCGUGUAUGGUUUGUAAGAGUCGAGUAUUCAUGUACAUUGACAAGGAUUUGUGGCUUAGCCCUGAUGAAAUUGAUGGGAUACGGAAGGUAGAGUCAGAGAGACUGUUAAACGAUAGAAAGCUCGUUUUAGUUCUUGAUUUGGAUAAUACUUUGCUUCAUACAACAGGAGAACGCAAACAUCUCAAAACCCGUCAAGAACUUUUGCAACAUAAUAUCAAAGAGGAUGGCCUAAUCCCUUUGAAACAUUACGGGAUGAUGCUCAAGUUGAGGCCUUUCGUCCACACUUUUCUUAAAGAAGCAAGUACCAUGUUUGAGAUGUACAUAUAUACAAGUGCUGAUCGACGCUAUGCAUCGUUAAUGGCUGAGUUUUUUGUCCCUGAAAAUGUUUACUUCAAGUCAAGAAUUAUUGCACGUGAAGAUUUACUUGCCCCAGAUGAAAAGAGUCUUCUAUUGGUGAUGAGACACCAACGCAUGGUUCUUGUUCUUGAUGAUACCGAGUGUGUGUGGAGAAAUCAUCGACAUAACCUGAUUCUUGUUAAGAGAUAUGAUUACUUUGAUGCAAGCCAUGACCUUGUAUCUCUUUCUACAAUGAACAAUGAUGAAGGUGAGACCACCGGCGUGCUCGCGACCAUUCUCAAGAAACUCAAACUAAUCCACAGACUGUUUUUCAACCCAAAAUUCAAGGGUAGUCUUGCUUAUAGAGAUGUUACAAUGAUACUUGAUCGCCUUCAGGUACUCCAAGGAUGUAAAUUAACCUUUGAAGGUAUUUUUCCUUUCGGUUUCAAGCCCCAAAAUUUGCGUCUUUGGAUGAUGGCAGAGGAGUUAGGAGCCAUUUGCUCUACGAGUGUUUUCACCUCCUGGACACAUGUGAUCACUUUGGAAGCCACAGAGGAGGAGUCUCAAGAGGCGGAGCUGGACAGAAUGAUUUUGGUUCAUCCAGCUUGGUUACAUUAUUGCUACGAGAAAGUCAGAAGGUAUCCUGAAGCGAAUUAUCCGAUUAAGCUGAAAAAAUAG